UGUGUCAAAUUUUUGCAGAGAUGUGAUUUUGAGCUGAAAGCUCACUUUUGUGAAUUUUAUGGGUGCGCAAGGAAUGAGACGUGGCUCGUUGCUGAUGAGACUUUGCAGAGGACAUUCCUUGGUUUUGAGCUGCUGCUUCUUCUGGCUUCAUCAUCAGGACAUGGCUCAAGGGCGAACUCGGACGUCUGCACCAACACCUCAACACAAGUCCGGCAAUGACAUCAAUAAUGAACCUUAUUGGGACGACUACCCACCCGACAACAUCAGGAGAGAUUUCUUGGAGAAGCCCAGUGGAAUUUUUCAUCGGCACAAUAAGGGUAUCUCAGGGCAAAGGCAUCAGCUGGAAGAGACCCUUACAGUGGAUGACAAAUGGCGACGCGUUUCGGCUGCUCUGAUGGACAGCGCGUUUUCCUGCGAUUUCGUUGUGGUGCCCGGCUAUUACGCCGACAUGGAAUCCCACUGCCAAAUCUUCCAUAUUUGCACGGCCGCCAAACGGAAAUAUUCCUUCUUCUGCCCCGAGGGUACUUUCUUCAAUCAAAAGCAUCUGAUCUGCGAUUGGGACGGUGGCAACACUUGUGCUUUGUCUCCUUACUAUUAUUCAUCAUAUUCGAAUACCUGGUAUGCAGUGCACGGGAAGUGAGAAACUGAAUUUUUCCUCAUUUUUAAAAUCUACACAACGAUUAAACGACAACGAUUUGUUUUUUCUUUGAUUCUAUUAAGUGUAUGUUGAUCGAUAUUUCGCCCGUGUGUGUGUAAGAACUUUUGUACAAAACUCAUGUCUGGUGCAUUCAGUAAAUCUCUUUUUUUUGCUGCAUGUUUUGUGCGAUUAUCCACAAAAUUUGUGUUUCCGAUCACUUUAGGCUACUUUUUUUCAUAUACAGGACAGCUUUAGUCUAUCGGCAGAAUAGACUCUGGGUGUCACUUCAUUGUAAUUGCGCACUAAUUAUGAAUAAAUGAGUUUAUAUUGUAGUUGAGAUCAACCUCUUCAUGCCCAGUUGUCCUUCUUUGAUAGAGAAAUAUUGAGUCUAAGAAAAGAAAAUCCUGGUGGGAAACCAAAUUUUUUUAUCUUGUAUAAUUGCAUACCACUCUGAGGUUGAAUUAUUCAUUUCUCUGCUUACAUUUUCAAUAAGAUGAGCGUUGCAUCCCCUUUUGUUGGAGAAAAAAACCAGCAGCAAAGAAAUCACCAUCUUCACAUUCUUAUCAUGCUUUUAUUCAUACUGGUGGACUCUUGCUCUCUGAACAAUUCAAAGGAUCAGAAAAACAUUAUUGUAAAGAGAAUUUAGCCGUAGAGAACAGUUUAUAUAGGGGUUCUCUACAGCUAAAUUCUCUCUAAUGUUCUCUCUAAUUGGAUGUGGGAACAUUGUUUGAACCUUGUGUAUGCUGAAAAGCGGAAAAUAAAGCGUACUGUUCAGUUCAGUUCCAUUCAGUUAAAAAAAAUGGUUAGAGAUAAUUAAAGAUAUUUUCUGCUUUUCAGCAUACACAAGGUUCAAACAAUGUUCCCACAUCCAAACCCCCUCCUGUCCCUACCCACACCACAUUCUUCACAUCAGAAUGGAAAAUAGAAAAGCAAGCUGUACAUGGAUAUUAAAAGAAAAGAAAAUAUGUCCCAAAAAAGUGCAACAGCGCAACUGAUUUAAAAAUCACACUUUCAAUUUCUUCCUCUUUAAAUGGUGCAUCCAAGAAGGGGUCAAUUUUCUCUGCUGCUGUAAAGUAUUCAAUUAUAGGGAAAGACCUCUGUUUUCCUUAUACAUAACUUUGGAGAAAUGCCUUGAUCAUUCAUUCCCAGAUAUACAAUGGUCACUUAAAUUAACAAUUUUCCAUUUAAGCAUUUUCCAAAUCUUGCUUGAUGAUUGUUUCUUGGAAUCCAAUAAAUGAUGAAAUCUGUGCUUGCUUUUCUCACUUUUAAGUUUCACAUGCUCUUGCAAUAAUCUGUACCAUUCUUUUCUCAGGCCAGAGCUGGUAUAGAACCUGGUCAUGUAUAUCACCACCUCAUUGAAACCAUCCAAAUUUAUGCCUCAUUUUUCCCUCACUAAUUCAAUUUUCUCUUUAUGGUCAUGAGCUUUUCCUUUCAAUUCUCUAAGGACUAAUGUUUCUUUCCACAGACUUUUAUUUUAGACAUAUAGUAUCCAAUUUUCUAAGGAUUAGUUUGUAUUUUCAUUUUCAAAUUAUUUCCAAAGGCCUACAAUGUUGGGAAUAAUUCAUGCUUUCCUAGAGUUGCAAAGUGAUAUUUUGCUAUUUUGAGGUACUUGUAGAACUAAUGUACAAAUGACAGUGAAGUGGUCUGAACAAGUGACUGGAAGAAUGUUACAGUGUUGGGUCUUUGUUAUAAAGACUGAUGAGACAAAAAAGAAA